AUGGCUGAGCCGGUCUCGAGCAUAAUCACCAUCGCGACCGUCUCCAUCGCCAUCAUCAAGGAGACGAUCUCGUAUAUUAAAAACGUCCACCUGGUGGAUAAGGUGGUGGACAGACUGCUCCUCAGGUUCAAAGACCUCCACAAGCUGAUCAAGCUGGUCGAAAGCACGUACAGGCGAGCAGAUGCUGAGCAGGAAAACGACCACUCAAGAUAUAUUCGCAACUACCUUUUGCGAUGUCGAGACCGGUUACGAGACAUUCAGAACAUGUUGUACGAAUUACCGUCUAAAGAAUCAACAUCGUUUAUACAGAAAGCCGCGCUGAAGAGAGGAAUGGACAAGGUGAAGGAUGACAUCGACCUUGCCAUGAGCGACAUACAUGACUACAUGGACUUCAUACGUACCGGUAUCAGUCUAGAUGUCGCGUCGGCUCAUCGUCGUCUGUCUGAAGUCAUGGCAGCUCAGCAAGUCACCACCGUUACCACGGACCUGCACCAAAUCACAGCCCAGUCACUCAACCGAACGCUUUCCAAUGCAGAGACCCUCCUCGCCUACGACGCAGGUACUAUUCCGCGACGAUCCUCCACCGAAACCUCACUAUCACGGCCUUCAGUUUCCUCUAGCUCCUCGCAGGCACUGCACCUCCAAUCCGACGACAACGCAAGCAUCCUCUCCACCCACGACUCCAUCCCCCCCAAGCCAAACAGCGAAUGGGUUGACUUCCACUUCGAACUAACAAAAUGCGACGGCGACCCCUCACGCAUCGACCAAAUCCGCAAAACCCUCCAACAACACCCCGCUGCCUCCACCCUCGCCCAAUCCACAAACACCUCCCAACGCACACCCCUCCAUCUCGCCGCCCAGCGUGGCGACGUCCAACUCGGCCUCACACUCCUCUCCUUUGGCGCCGACAUCAACGCGCAAGACUCGGAGCCCGCCAGCGUGCUGGACGCAGCCGUCGAAUGCAACCAGCGCAAAUUUGUCGCCUUGCUGCUCGAGCACAAUGUCGACGAGACGGUGCUGCAGCCUCGUAACCAGGCCAGGCUUGACGAGAUGAAGCGUAUUAUCGAGUAUAGCAAGGAUAGGGAUUCGUCUGCUCGACAGUCGCCCAAGGAGAAGAAGAGCAGUCGCAAGAUGAGUUGGGGUUCGCGCAGAGGGCUGUCGAAUACUUGA